AGCCAAAGAAACCAAAUGGAUAGACCUGAUCACAUGCCCGUGUGUACCCAAAGGUAUAGGCAGAUCAUCUUGGAGGAGCAGAAAUGGCGGCGAGCGGGAAAGAGGAAAGCAACGACGUCGUAGCAGUCAAAAGCAGCUCAAACCCAACAACUGAGAGCUCAAACAACGGCUCCAUUUGUGGUUUCGAUUCUCUGCACCGUCUCCUUCAAGCUUCUCUCAGUCCCCAUCUCUUUCAGGAAGUUAGCCGCUUGCUUUUGGGGCUCAAUUGUGGAACAGCGGUUGAUGCCGUUGAACUUCCGAAGCCUGCCAGAUUGCUAUCGGAGAAACACGACUUUGAUCUUCAGGCGUUUGUGUUUCGGGCUGAAAAAGAGUCGUUUAGAGAACCUCGGAUUGUUAGAGUUGGACUCAUUCAGAACUCUAUUGCCCUUCCUACAACUGCACCUUUUUUGGAACAAAAACAUGCCAUAUUUCAGAAGCUUACGCCCAUCAUUGAUGCUGCUGGGACUGCAGGAGUCAAUAUCCUGUGUUUGCAGGAGGCAUGGAUGAUGCCAUUUGCAUUUUGUACUCGUGAAAAGAGGUGGUGUGAAUUUGCCGAGCCAAUAGAUGGAGAAUCUACACAGUUUCUUCAGGAAUUUGCUAAGAAAUAUAACAUGGUUGUGAUUAGCCCAAUUCUCGAGAGGGAUGUGAAACAUGGAGAAACGAUCUGGAACACAUGUGUUAUAAUUGGGAACCAUGGAAAUGUAAUUGGAAAACACCGAAAGAACCAUAUACCUAGAGUCGGGGACUUUAAUGAGAGCACAUACUACAUGGAAGGGAACACUGGCCAUCCUGUCUUUGAAACCGCGUAUGGAAAGAUUGCUGUUAAUAUAUGUUAUGGAAGGCAUCAUCCCCUCAAUUGGUUGGCCUUUGGGUUAAAUGGUGCCGAGAUUGUUUUCAACCCUUCGGCCACUGUUGGUGAACUCAGUGAACCGAUGUGGCCCAUUGAGGCUCGCAAUGCAGCAAUAGCGAAUAGUUACUUUGUGGCUUCAAUAAAUCGAGUUGGAACAGAGAUUUUCCCCAACGCAUUCACAUCCGGAGAUGGAAAGCCAGAACACACGGAUUUUGGCCAUUUCUAUGGUUCCAGCCAUUUCUCUUCUCCGGAUGCUUCAUGCACACCAUCUCUGUCGCGUCACAGGGAUGGCUUGAUCGUCUCAGACAUGGAUCUUAACCUUUGCAGACAAUUAAAGGACAAAUGGGGAUUCAGAAUGACUGCACGCUACGAGAUGUAUGCAGACCUGCUUUCGUGCUACGUAAAGCCAGGUUUUGAGCCUCAAGUAAUCUCUGAUCCAUUGUUACAUAAGAAUGGGUCUUGAGUUAUUAUUAUUGUGUCAGGUCAUUUCUGGGUUACGUUUUAGAACCUGAGAAAAUAAUGGAAGUUGAAAUAUUGCCUAUUUGACUAUUUCUGGUGAUUCAGAAUAUAUGAUAUACUAUGUAAUAGUUACAAGUUGUACAUAGGUGCAUAUUAAGGAGCAAUUUGUUGCUGGUUAGAAAGCAAUCGGGUUGUGAUUAGUGAAUAAUGUGUUUCUUGUUAGACUUCCUCCAUCGCGGUGCAUUUCAUCUCGUCCGCGCCAGAAGUGCUGCGAUGGUUUCCUUUGCGCGUUGCACACAUGUAAUCUUGCAUCUCUCCGGACGGGGACGGAUGCGAUGUAGGAGCUUUCUUUUUUUAUUUUGACCAUAUACUUUCUCCGUCCAACAAUAAAGUUCUUAUUCAUUA